GCCGGGUUUUAGGAAAUGUUUGACUAUUUGACCCCAGGGUCCAUUAGUGUGAUGUUAGGGGGGGUGUAUAAAUAUCAGGACAACCACACAGUGCUAAAGUCUGCCUGCCUGCCUGAAGAGACUGUCACACACACACACAGAGCAAGCAGAGGGAAGAUGACUUUUCCAUUUGUGCUCUUUGUCCUGCUGCUCUCAUCGACGGCACAUGCUUUCCAGUACACGGAGCUGGCGCAACAUAUUGACAAUCACCAAGAAGAAUAUGUCGAGGCUCUGCGGGACUGGGUUGCCAUUGAAAGCGACUCCAGCAAUGUCCAGAAAAGACCCGACCUGCACCGCAUGAUGGAGCUGGUGGCCCAGAAGCUGAGGCUGAUGGGAGGAGCUGUGGAGCUGGUGGAUGUCGGAGAACAAGAGCUUCCUAAUGGCCAGAUGUUGGCGUUGCCUAAAGUGGUGACAGCUCGGUUCGGCAGUGACGCCGACAAACACACCGUGUGUGUGUAUGGUCACGUGGACGUGCAGCCGGCGAAGCGAGAAGACGGCUGGGCAACUGACCCCUACAACCUGACUGACAUUAAUGGUAACCUGUAUGGAAGAGGAGCAUCAGAUAACAAAGCGCCAGUUUUAGCCUGGAUUCAUGCUGUGGAGGCUUAUCAAGCUCUCAACAUGGAGCUGCCGGUGAAUGUGAAGUUUGUCAUCGAGGGCAUGGAGGAGACGGGCUCCAACGGCCUGGACGCCAUGAUCGUGGCCCAGCGAGACACCUUCUUCUCUGACGUGGAUUACAUCAUCAUCUCAGACUGUGGCUGGCUCAGCAGACGGCCGGCCCUCACCUACGGCACCAGAGGCAACUGCUACUUCUUUGCCGAGGUGGAUGGACCCAAACAGGAUUUACACUCUGGAGUGUAUGGGGGUGCCGUGAUUGAACCAAUGAUUGACCUCAUUGGCGUUCUUGACUCACUGAUCAGCCCCAGUGGUAAGAUCCUGGUUCCUGGGAUCAGGGAGGCUGUGGCUCCUCUCUCUGACGAUGAAUGGAGGAUGUACCAAGACAUCCAGUUUGACAUGGACAACUACAAGAACAAGAUCGGCAUCGACCAGCUCAUGUACAGCAACAAGGUGGACUUGUUGGCCCACUUGUGGCGCUACCCCACAGUCACCAUCCACGGCAUUGAGGGGGCUUUCUCUGACCCUGGCACAAAGACCGUCAUCCCGGCUAAGGUUAUUGGCAAGUUCUCCAUCAGACAAGUUCCCGACAUGGACCCUGCGGUGGUCAAGAAACAGGUGACAGAUUACCUUCACUCAGUGUUUGCCAAGAGGAAAAGUCCUAACAGACUCAAAGUUACUAUGGUGAUUGGAGCGAAGCCUUGGCUGGCGAACACUCAGCAUCCUCUUUACGAGGCCGGGAAAGCUGCCGUCAAGAGAGUUUUUGACAUGGAUCCAGAUCUGAUCCGUGAGGGCGGGACUAUCCCCAUCGCUAAAACCUUCCAGGAUGUGACGGGGAAAAGCCUCAUCAUGAUGCCCAUCGGAGGCUUCGACGACGGACUGCACUCUCAGAAUGAAAAAAUGAGCAGGUACAACUACAUUGAGGGAACCAAGUUAUUCAUCGCCUUCCUGAACGAAGUGUCCCAGAUUAAGAAGACGACUGUGUGAUGACACACUGUGACAUUCCAGGGACAACGAUCUCUCCUGUGUUUUUAUUUAUCUAAAUCUCAAUCUGUGCGUCUGCUGAUAAUAUGAGUAAAAUGUCUGGAGUCGGAUCACGUCGCUGUUUCAGUUGCUCACACUGAAUAUGUGGAAUUUGUUUAUUCUGGAUAUAAUAAUAUCAGACGGUAGUUAUCCUGUGUGUUUGUGUGUCAUGUAGUAAAAGCUUUACAGUGCAACAAUA